AUGUUGUUCAAUAUCCUGAUCCUUUCUGCCCUUUCACUUCAAUUAUGUACAUGUUUCCACAUCAAGAGAAAUUUGAAUGGUUCAAAUGAUGUUAUCUGGGAUUAUUAUGAUGAUUCCAAGAAGGUUCAAGGUGUAUCAUUGGGUGGUUGGUUUGUGUUGGAGCCUUACAUUACUCCUUCAUUAUUUGAACAAUUUGGUGAUGAUGAAAAGAAAAUUCCUGUUGAUGAAUACACAUUCACUGAACAAUUAGGUAAAGAUGAAGCUCAGAAACAGUUAGACAAACAUUGGGCAACUUACUUUACUGAAAGUGAUUUCAAAGACAUCAAAGAUUACGGUUUAAAUUUGGUCAGAAUCCCAAUCGGUUAUUGGGCAUUUUAUCUAUUAGAAGAUGAUCCAUACGUUCAAGGUCAAGAACCUUAUUUGGAUAAGGCUUUGGAAUGGGCCAAACAGAAUGAUUUGAAAGUUUGGAUUGACUUGCAUGGUGUUCUAGGCUCUCAAAAUGGGUUUGAUAAUAGUGGUAAAAGAGGAAAUGUUACAUGGCAAGAUGAUGAAGAAAAUAUUGAGUUAUCUUACAAAACUUUGAACUAUAUCUUUGGUAAAUAUGGUGGUGAAAAUUUAACUGAUACUGUUAUUGGUAUUGAAAUUGUUAAUGAACCAUUCCAUUCAAAGUUGAAUGAAACUGAUAUGUUGGAUUUCUAUUACAAUUCUUAUUAUGAUUUCAGAAUUAAACAUAAUUCAAGAAAUUUCUUUCUGAUUCAAGAAGCUUUUGAGCCAAUUGGAUUUUGGAAUACCCAUCUCAAUAAUGAUUACACCAAUGUUUCCAAACCAUUCCUAAAUGAUGAAUUAUUAGAAGAAGGUGUCCCAAAGAACUAUUUCCAUGAUAUCGUUUUAGAUCAUCAUCAUUAUGAAGUUUUCACUGUGGAUCAACUUGAUAAAUCAGAAAAUGCGAGAAUUCAAGACAUUAAAAACUAUGGAGAGAGUGUUGCUAAAGAACAGGAGUAUCAUCCUUCAUUAGUUGGUGAGUGGUCAGGUGCUAUUACUGAUUGUGCUAAGUGGUUAAAUGGUGUUGGUACAGGGGCUAGAUAUGAUGGCACUUUUGAUGAAUCACAAUUGGUUAGAUCAAAUGCAAUUAAUGGUACUGCUGAAUCCCAAUUCAAAUUCAAAGAUAAAAAGAGAUCAUGUGAAAACGUUACAUUCGUUGAAGAUUUCUCUAAGCAACAUAAGGAAAAUAUCCGUAAGUUUAUUGAAAUUCAAUUACUCACCUAUGAAAACUCAAACUCAGGUUGGAUCUUUUGGAAUUAUAAAACCGAGAAUGCUAUUGAAUGGGAUUUCAAGAAACUUGUUGAACAUAAAUUGUUUCCUCAUCCUUUUAAUGAAUACAAAUAUUUCUAUGAGAAUGGUACUCAAAUUGUGGAAAGUGCUGCCUCUGGAAAUUCACAAAACUUGUUAUUCAUCACAUUAUCAGCUUUGUUAGUUUCAUUAUCAACAUUACUUUAG